GAUAACUCCUACAGUUUUCAAGAUAGGAAGUUGUUCUUUUGCAGAUCAAUUGUACAUAUCUCAGAGGUGUGCAUAUUGCUAGGAUUUGAUUUCUGAUAAUUUAUCGAAAAAAUACAAGCUUUUGAACUUAGUCAUUUUUUGGCAAAAUAUUGCAUAUAGGGUACCCUCAUUGUACGGAUAACUCCUCCUACAGUUCUCAAGAUAGGAAGUUGUUCUUUUGCAGAUCAAUUGUACAUAUAUCAGAGGUGUGCAUAUUGCUAGGAUUUUGAUUUCCGAUAAUUUAUGAAAAAAAUACUAGCUUUUGAACUUAGUCAUUUUUUGGCAAAAUGUUGUAUAUACAUGUAGGGUACUCCAUUUCACUGGAUAAGGGUUGACAUGGAUUAUGGAUACAGUUUACAUAAAAGAAAACCCGGUUUGCUGUCAUAUUGACAGCUUUUCACUUGUCUAUAUUUGUAUAGUUCUGUUAGACUGGUUUACAAUAAAAAGGUCAUAGCUUUGUGGAAAGUAUUUAUUUUAGAAAUUCACAUGCUAUAAUUAAUAAAUAGUGAUAAACAAGAAGACAGAGAAAGGUACCGGUAGUUCCAGAUGCUGAGUGCAAACAAAAAAGCAAAAAAAAAUUGAUGCAAGUAUGAAAGAAAUUUUUCUAUACCAAUCAGAAGCGCAAAUAUCCCAAAUAACUUAUUCAUAUUAGAUAAUACCAAUUUAACAAGUUUGAACCAUUAUUUGAAAUAUUUAUAGUCUCCUGUUGCUUAAACUGGCAAUUUCAAAUUGCCUGAAAAUGGUUAAAUAUGUGAAAUAAUUAGGGCAUUGUGAUUAAUUUCUUUAAAAAAUGCUUUCUUGCAUGGAAAUAAUAUAAGAAAUCAUGUGAUGUUUGAUUGGAGAGCAGUUGUUGCUUUAAUUUCUGCGAUAGUUUACCUUUGUUAGCUCCUACUUUUUGAAAGUAAUAUUUGCAAUAUUUCAAUAUUGUAUUUUUAGCUCAGUUUGAUUGUUUAGAUGUAUAUUGAUCUUCAAAUUUUAAAAACAAUUACAUGGAUUAAACCAUAAAAAGAUCAAGUGUGGAGGAACCUUAAUUAACUUGACCAAAUUUGGUGUAGCAUCGUUAGAGGAAGGGAGAAAUAAAUUGUGAAAAUAGAUAUAAAAAUCCCAGAACAUAAUUAACGACACUUAGCUGGCAAAUCGAACCAUGUUUUAAUUUUUGGUGGUCUCAAUUUAAGGACUUGGGUUGUCCUUUAAAGAAAUUUUUUGGAAAUCCUCUUAAAUAGAUAUUCAUCUAGCUAGGACUAGAUUUUUGAAGGCUUUCAAGUAGUACUUUAAGAUACAUGUACAAAACUUACCACUGACAAAAUUAUUUUUAUCAAAUGAAAAUUUCAGUUUAGAUGCUACAUGUAAUCAAUCUGCACAGUUUUGAAAAAAUCAGGCAUGUUGAACCCCGUAAAAAUUGAAAUUAAAAAGUAAUGAAAAAGUUUAUUUCUCCAAAAAAAAUGCUAUAUAGAUAUAUUUUAGUUUAAAAUAGGUAAAUGACUUGAAAUGUACAGGUGUGAUUGCAUGUACUGUGGAAUCAUUUAAUUUCAUGGGGGCCAAUUUUCAUGGAUAGUAGGAUUUUGCUUAUUCGUGGGGAUGUAAUUUAAUGGAUGCAUCGGUUUUCAGUUUCAGUGUGAAAAACUAAAUCUUUUAUAAUUAGUUUUUCUGGAGGAUGUAAAUUCGUGGGUGAGGGUUACCCACGAAAAUUGAGCCACCUCGAAUUCUAAUGAUUCCACAAUAUAUGAGUGAAGUAAAGUGAGAUAAUUGGAUCCACCCCUAGGAUUUUCUCCUCACUCCAGUGUUACUUAGUGCAUUGUCAACAGUGCUGCAUGAUUUGUAUGUCACUACUGUGUGACAUUUAUUAUACAUGUAUGCAACCUGCAUCCAUCUUUUUAAGGGGGCCACACAUCAAGGAAGUCCAUCAUAUCUUCUCUGUUUAUUUAUGUGUAGCUCACGUCACUGACCUUAUUUACAGUGACCAUGCUUGAGGGUCAGUCUGACCUGCUAUAAAUAAAUUCUUGGUUAUUGGCUGUCUGUAUAGGACUCGAUCAAUUUCAUCACAUUCUGUCCACUGCUGACCAGUCUCUUUUUGGUCACAUCGGAGGGACAGUUUGGCCUUUGUUUUUUUUUUGUGUAAUAUUGGCUUUUUAUAACUUUAGCAGAAAAAAUUGGAUGACUUUUUAAACAAAGGUUUUAAGGAUAUUUUGUAUCUCUGAAUGCAUCAUUUAGUACACACAGUGUGUGGUGACUGAUUGAUUAUCAAGUGUACAUUAAGAUUUCUGAGCUGAUUUCAUCAAGACCUGCAUCUGUUUAUUUGGACACAAGGAACUCUUGAGUAAUUUUCCUUUGUUGGAUUGGUGACUUAACAUUAAGUUUCUUAUUCUGCUGUAUCCUAUUUUUGGAUAAAGUGGACACCGUCACUUCUGAUUGGUUUAGCUGACCAGUGUUUUUUCCCAGUCAUGAUUACAUAACAUUGAUUACUUAAUAUUUGGCUGGACUCGAUUGUACCAAACGUAAUUCAUGUACCAUGGCAGAACCUUUUACUCUGAAACGAUUAUUAAAGAGGAAGAACAUGGAGUCUGUGAACUUGGAGAUGGAUGAGAUUUUUGAGGAGGACGAGGAUUUCCCCACCGUAGGGGCACUGCCGGACUUACCCCAGGACAAUGAGGGGAUGGAGGAGAUGGGCCAGGGGGAGGACCAGGAUGAUAACAGUGCUGAAGUUUUAUCCAGAUUAAAGGAUUUGUCAAAAGGAGCAGCUAAGAAGGUGGUCCGCAGACCCCAACCCAAGCUGGACGCCACCAGACUGACUGGUGAGAGAGGAAUACCUAUUUUACCAAAGGUUUUCCAGGAUGUCAAGUUCAAAGGGAAAGGACAUGAGGCCAGAGAUCUACAGAUCAUCAUGCGAUACUUGGAGCACUGGGCUCACCGCCUGUUCCCUAAGAUGCCAUUUGAUGAAGUAUUGGAGCGAAUUGAGAAGCUGGGCACAAAAAAUGAAGUCAAAACUUGCAUAAAGAGAAUGCGACUUGAUAUGCCCAUUCUGAAUGAUGAGUUUGUGGGAGAUGAUGAGGAGAGAGAAGAGGGCAUCCCAGGGUCAGAGGCUAUUGAUUCUGAUGCUGAAGAAGCUUUGGAGGAGCUGGGGAAUGAGUCUCCCACACAGCGUAAUGGGGCCAGUCCCCCAUCCUCCCAGGAAUCCCCAAUGUCCUCAAUGUCUGGUGGAAUGCUAGCGGCCCAGCUGUCACAGCCUCUGUCCUCCACCCCCUCAACAUCCGGCAAUCUCACCCCAGGGUUCAGCAGCCCGGGGUUAUCUCAGGGUCUUACUCCAGAGCAGAGAGAGAGGUUAGAGAGAAAUCGGCAGAUGGCAUUGGAAAAGCGAGCUAACAAAGGUGGGGGAGGGGGAUCUCAACAUGUGUUCAAGACUCCAGCUAUUCCAAAGUCCCCUGUACGGCGCCUGGCCUCACACACAGUUUCUAGUCCCUCACAAAUAUCCUCCCCCAUUCUACAGUCACCUCCAAAAAUGUGCAGCCAUGGAAACAUUCCCAUCAAUAAUACUGGUAACCAACCCACCUUUCACAGCCUGGUGACGGCCAACAACGGUUCAAGUUCCCCGGUGAAACCCGCAGGCAGCAAUCUCACAAACGGCAGUCUUCAGAGUCAUCCAAUCGGGGAAUCCGUCUCAUCUCAAGACAAUGAGAUGAGUGAAGUGAUCCCAUUGGUCAAUGGAAAUAAAACUGUAGACAAUUGUUCUGACAGCUCAGACAUGAGCCAGACCAUUCCACUUUUGUGUAGUCCAGGGAGAAAGACAGGGGAGACAAAAGAUUAUAAAUCAAGGUCAGGGAGUAUGGACAUUUCAUCCAGUGACCAGAUGUCAGAGGAAGAACUUCUUCUACAUUUGUCGGAAAGUGAAUGAUGUCUUGAUGUUGUAAAUAUUUUUUAAAGAUGAACUACAAUAAGUGGAAUGUAAAUUUAGAAUGUUAACAUUUAUAGUCAUACUUUGUUAACUGGCAGGGUACCGAUAUGAUAUUCUAUGAUAGUCAAUAAAAUAUUACUAUUGUCAUAAUGUAACUAAGUAUAUCUACCUUGGCUAGUUGUGUGUUUGAUUGUGCCUUUCAAUAUUAGGUUUUUUUCUC